GGGCUUCUUCUUCCUCUUGUCUUCUCUCGCCCUCUGCUUUUUUCCGAUUUCCUCUUCUCCACAACUCCCUGCCAAGAAGAUCAUUCUCACUAACUCCCACCAUGGCUGCGCCGCCCCCUCCCAGACUCUGACCAGCGCGCGCACGAGAGUUGAGAAUCACCCCGGUCGCUUGCUAGUUGUCCGGCCGCCGCCAUGCCGCUGCUGCGCCAGCUCCUCCCUAUCCUCGUGGUCCUCGUGUCCGCGGCGGCGUGCUCCGCGGCCGCGCAGCCGACCACCGCCGAGGCCGCUCCCGAGAGCACGCCGGGCGCCGGCAUCAGGGUCUCGUUCCGCCCCAGCGUGGCCAUCGUGGUCGGCAUCUUCACCAUGAUCUUCUCCCUCACUUUGCUCCUCCUCAUGUACGCCAAGUUCUGCCACUCGUCCUCCACGCCCCUCCCCGCCGCGAUCCCGACCGCCCCCGCGCCGCCGCAGGGCGGCGUCCCAAAGCCGGUGGUCGAGUCGCUGCCCUUCUUCCGCUUCGCCACGCUGCGCGGGGCGCGCCAGGGGAUGGAGUGCUCAGUGUGCCUCGCCCGCUUCGACGACGCCGACCACCUCCGCCUCCUCCCGCGCUGCCGCCACGCCUUCCACCUGGCCUGCGUCGACCGCUGGCUCGAGUCCAACGCCAGCUGCCCGCUCUGCCGGGCGCGCGUCGACGCUGACGACGCCUCGCUCGGGCUCAAGUACCCCUCCAGCGCCCGCAUCGUCUUCGGCGGCGACGGCCUGUCCUCCGGCCGCCUCGGCGACGACGCGGCGAGCGGGCGCGACCUCCUCGACAUCUUCGUGGAGCGCGUGCCGUCCGCGAGGUUCGCGGGGGCCGCGGGCCGGAAGCAGGCGGACGAGGAGGCGCCGGCGAGGGCGCCGUCGCCGGAGCUGGACAGGCACAAACACCGCAUCAUCGUGUCGGACGUCGUGUUCAAGAGCCGGUGGAGCGAUCUCAACUCCGCCGCCCUCAUCGGCCUCGACACCGAGAUGAUGCGCUCCAUGUCCAGCGGCCGCUUCUCCCUCCCGGAUUCCCCGGAGCUGAACGAAGCCAAGCUAUCCACAGCAGUAGAGGAGGAGGUUGGUGGUGCCGCACCGACGACGGAGAGGAAGCGGCUGCUGGUGGACGGCCGAGGCGGCGGCGGGUGGUGCAGCAGCUCCGCGGCGGUUGACGCCGUGCCGGCGGCGGCGUCGAGGAUGAUAUCCUCCGGGGUGCGGUCCAUGUCGGAGAUCGUGAGCCUGCCUCGGCUGCGCGGCGCGGCGAGGGAGCGGCUGUCGGAGGAGGAGAACCGGCGGUGGCUGCCGAUCGCGCGGCGGACGGCGCGGUGGUUCGCCGGCCGCGCCAGGGCGAAGGAGGAGGCCGAGCCGGGAGCGGCGAGUGCCCACGUCGUGGCGGCGCAUGUGUGAAUAGAAUAGGAAUCGAAUCGAUCAAACAAUGGAUUGAAUUUUGGAUGGAACAAAAGUGUAAACAAACAAAGAGUCGAGAUCAGCCGAAGAGGAGAAGUCAAAUGUGAAUUAUCGAGCGGCACGGCCAGGUCAGCCGACGCUGCAAGCUUACAAAAUCUAACAUGCGUCGUCGAAUCGAAGAGGCCAGUUGCUAUCCAGGUAUAUAGAAAGAUUUUAGCUUGGCAUUAGCUCAUACAGUUGGCAUUCAUCCCAGCCAAAAUUAGCUGCCUAAAAAUUAGCUAGCUGGCUGGUUGAGCUUCAAGUAAGUAUAUAUCAUCUCUUUUUCCAAAAAAAAAAGUAUAUAUCAUCUCUACUUGUUGCGUCAUGCUGCAUGAUUCAAUAGAUUAGGUUUGCCAUCUCUUCUUGCUGGCCAAAUGCGGUGGAUAUGUAUAAUGCAGAGCUACCUGACGACGCACAUGGCUCGAGUACGCAUGGAUGCCUUAUACAUUACUCCCAACAUGCAUGCGCGUAGAAAAACAGGAUGGAAUUCUAUAGUAACAUGGCCAAGUGUAAUGUACUACUAGUGCUGUAGCACUUGGAAAUAAAGAAAAACGAAUACAGAUGGAACACGAUAAUGGAGCAUCC